GGAAGAUCGAGAGAUAUCAUGGCCAUUUAAGAUAGCGGCCUGCCAAAGUUUCACAAAGAGCCAGGAUACAAAACAAAAAUGAUAUUUACUGCUGAAAAAGCGACACAGCGCAUUAUGGCAGAAAAAGAGAAAGGGAGAAGAGAAGAACUGGGGGGGUAGGAGGGGGUGCGAGAGGAAACCGGCGAAAACGGACGACGCAUGUGCUUCUCGCAAGGGGUGCGAGUGAGCCGGCAACCACCCUCUCGGUGCAGGCCGCCCCCUCCGCCCCUCUCCCGCCCCCCCGAGCGUCCGUCUUCCCUCUAUAUAUGAGAUCGUUGUCGCUCGAUUCUGCGCCGUUGUGCAUUCGCGCAGGGCGGCUCCUACCUCCUGACACUCUCUUCCUGGCGUCACCGUGCACGCACCCCCGGGGGAUCGUGUGCAGAAAUGGUGGCGUAACGCGCGUGGCCGGUGUUAAAGCGGAGAAGAGCGUCUCGUGCGUGCGCGACGGCCGACGACGUGCAAGUUUCGCUGCCAGAGCGGUCGAACGGCGCUUUCCCUGGUCUAGCCGUCAGUCACAAUGGUCACCGACAAUACCAAUCAGACUGAUGACACGACAGCAUUUCUUCGCGCCGCUCGGUCCGGCAAUCUCGAAAAAGUAGUCGAAUUUCUCAACACCGAUUUAGACAUUAAUACAGCCAACUCGAAUGGUCUAAAUGCCUUGCAUUUAGCUUCGAAGGAUGGUCAUGUUGAAAUUGUAACAGAGCUGUUAAAAAGGGGUGCGAAGGUAGAUGCGGCGACGAAAAAAGGAAAUACCGCAUUGCAUAUAGCUUCGUUAGCUGGCCAGUGCGAAAUAGUCAAUAUACUUAUUCAAUAUGGUGCUGCCGUUAACAUCCAGUCUCAAAAUGGAUUUACUCCUUUAUAUAUGGCUGCGCAGGAGAAUCACGAUCAAGUGGUCAAGCUUUUGCUCAGCAAUGGAGCCAAUCAGAGUCUCGCAACGGAGGACGGAUUCACACCACUCGCCGUGGCGAUGCAGCAAGGCCACGACAAAGUGGUCAGUGUACUCCUGGAAAAUGAUUCGAAAGGCAAGGUUAGACUGCCGGCUCUGCAUAUCGCCGCUAAGAAAGACGAUUGCAAAGCUGCUGAUCUACUCUUGCAGAACGACCAUAAGCCCGAUGUGACAUCAAAGAGUGGUUUUACUCCUCUUCACAUCGCCGCUCAUUAUGGAAACGAAGAGAUAGCACGGUUAUUAAUAAAACGAGGAGCUGAUGUAAAUUACUUAGCUAAGCACAAUAUCAGUCCGCUACAUGUGGCAGCAAAAUGGGGCAAGAAUAAUAUGGUGAAAGUAUUAUUGGAGAACUCAGCGCAAAUCGAUGCUAAGACUAGAGAUGGUUUAACCCCGCUUCAUUGUGCGGCGCGAUCAGGACAUGAACAAGUUGUCAGCACGCUCCUUGAAAAUUCAGCACCGAUCAGCGCGCGUACGAAGAAUGGACUCGCACCGUUGCACAUGGCUUCCCAAGGAGAUCACGUGGACGCUGCGAGAGUAUUGCUGUACCAUCGAGCGCCGGUAGACGAAGUGACCAUUGAUUAUCUGACUUCGCUCCACGUUGCCGCACACUGCGGACACGUUAGAGUCGCUAAAUUACUACUCGAUCGAAAAGCCGACCCAAACGCUCGAGCUCUGAAUGGCUUUACGCCGCUCCAUAUCGCUUGCAAAAAGAAUCGCAUCAAAGUAGUGGAACUCUUGCUGAAGCAUGGAGCGUCCAUCGAGUCGACCACCGAGUCCGGACUGACUCCAUUACAUGUGGCCAGUUUUAUGGGGUGUAUGAAUAUCGUGAUAUUCCUACUACAGCAUGAAGCCAAUCCUGACGUGCCAACUGUCAGGGGUGAAACACCCCUGCAUCUGGCAGCUAGAGCUAAUCAAACUGACAUUAUUCGAAUUUUGCUAAGAAAUGGUGCCAAAGUCGAUGCUCGUGCAAGGGAACAACAAACGCCGCUUCAUAUUGCGUCUCGAUUAGGAAAUAUCGACAUUGUCAUGUUGUUAAUGCAGCACGGUGCAGCUGUAGACACCGCCACAAAAGACAUGUACACGGCACUGCAUAUCGCGGCGAAGGAGGGUCAAGAAGAGGUGGCGGCCAUUCUUGUGGAGAACAAUGCUUCUCUCAAAGCUGCAACGAAAAACGGCUUCACACCUUUACAUAUCGCGGCUAAGUACGGAAAUAUGAAUGUUGCAAAUAUACUUUUACAAAAAGAGAGCAAACUCGAUGUUCAAGGAAAGAACGAUGUUACACCCUUGCAGUUGGCAUGUCAUUACGACCAUCCUAAUGUUGCGACUCUCCUAUUAGAAAAAGGAGCGUCGCCUCACCUUGCGUCGCAAAAUGGACACACUCCGCUACAUAUCGCUGCUCGCAAAAACCAGAUGGACAUUGCUUCAACUCUCUUGGAAAACGGAGCAAAUGCGAACGCAGAAUCUAAAGCGGGUCUCACCCCCUUGCAUUUAAGUGCACAGAAAGGCCAUUACGAUAUGACAAAUUUAUUAAUAGAGCACGGUGCCGAUCCCAAUCACAAGGCCAAGAAUGGGCUCACGGCGUUGCAUUUAUGCGCACAAGAGGAUUUUAUUAGGGUGGCCUCUAUCCUGAUGAAAAAUGGAGCCAACAUUGAAAGUCAAACAGAGACAGGUUACAGACCGAUACACGUGGCCGCACACUUUGGAAAUUUGGCAAUGAUACGUUUUUUGUUGAAACAUAACGCUGAGAUUGAUGUCAGAACUAAUCAGAAUUACACCGCGCUUCAUCAAGCCGCCCAGCAGGGCCACAUUCAUAUCGUUACCGCUUUGUUGGAGGGAAAUGCUUCACAUAAAGCACGCACCAAUGAUGGUUUAACAGCACUGAACAUAGCACAAAAAUUAGGAUAUAUCUCUGUGAUGGAAGUGCUGAAAGGUUUGCUUUAUGACAGUGUAACUCCGGAUAAUAAAAACUGGGAAGAGAAGUACAAAGUGAUAGCUCCCGAAAGCUUACAGGAGACUAGUUUCAUGUCCGAUUCAGAGGACGAAGGAGCUUCUGAUACAAUAAUCAAUGAACAGCCUUAUCGAUAUCUCACGGCAGACUUAAUGAAAAGUCUAAGAGAUGAUUCGUUGCCUUUUGAUGUUACUAGGGAUGAUCCUUCACAGUCACAUAAAGUUACGAAAACAGAGAAGCAAGAAUUUGCACAAAGCAAUAAUUACUGUUUAGCGGAAAAUUUCGAUAAUUCUACUGAUGGAUUCAGUCUAGGGAAGCUACAUUUCAAAUCGUUUUUAAUAAGCUUUCUGGUGGAUGCACGUGGUGGCACUAUGAGAGGAUGCAGGCACAGUGGUGUGCGCAUCAUUAUACCGCCUCGAAGAGCGACUAUGCCGAUUCGCGUAACAUGUAGAUUGGUGAAAGUGAACAAAGUGGCAAAUCCGCCUCCUUUGAUGGAAGGCGAGGCCCUCGGCACAAGAAUUAUUGAAAUGGGUCCAGUGGGCGCGAGAUUUUUAGGACCCGUCUUAAUUGACAUACCACACUUUGCGUCCGUUCAGGGGAAAGAACGAGAAAUUAUUAUUCUCAGAAGUGAGAACGGAGAAACUUGGAAGGAACACGAUAAUUCUGCAGAUAAUGAUGAUACUCUUCUUAACACAUCUUAUGAUCCUCAGAUGAGCGCAUCACACUCAGGUAGAAUCAUUCGUAUACUUACGACGGACUUUCCGCAGUAUUUCGCUAUUGUAACCAGAAUCAAGCAAGAGGUUCACGUUAUCGGCGCUGAAGGUGGCAUUUUAAUAUCCAGUGUAGCGAAUAACGUGCAAGCCGUUUUCCCCGCGGGUGCGUUAACAAAGAAGAUAAAAGUUGGCUUGCAGGCGCAUGUUAUUCCCUCUGAGCUCACAGCUAAGUUGCUUGGCAAUUGCGUCGCCGUAUCGCCGGUGAUUACGAUCGAACCCAGAAGACGCAAGUUCCAUAAACCGAUAACUCUUACGAUCCCCGUGCCACAAGCCGCCAACAAAGGAAUGAUCAAUCAGUAUGGCGGAGAGACACCUACGUUACGACUUUUGUGCAGUAUCGCAGGUGGAACCAAUGAGUCACAAUGGGAAGAUGUUACUGGUUCAACACCACUAUCUUUUAUGAAUGACAGAGUGUCAUUCACUACCACUGUUUCGGCAAGAUUUUGGUUGAUGGAUUGCAGAAAUAUCGGCGCGGUGCCGAAAAUGGCAACGGAAUUGUAUGAGGAAUCUUUACACGUGCCAUAUAUAACAAACUUUAUAAUUUACUCAAAGAGGAUGGACCUGUUGGAAGCUACAUUGAGAAUAUUGUGCAUGACUGAUGGCAAAGAAGGCAUUCAUACCUUGGAAAAACAAGAGGAAUUUACAGAAAUUGUUAAAAGUCGCGAUGUCGAGGCACUCGACGGGAAAGAUCUUUACAUCGAAUUUAGUGGAAAUUUAGUACCGGUAACAAAGUCUGGUGUGCAGUUGAAAUUCACGUUCAGGGCUUUCCGACAGAACCGAUUAUCAUUCCAUGUUAAGGUAAAAGAUCCAUUACUGGAUCCGGUAGCAAGAAUGUUAUUCAUGCGAGAGCCAAAAGUUGCUAAAGGAGAACCACCUCAGCAGCCAAUUUGUGUAUUAAAUAUUGUUCUUCCCGAAACUAUUAUUAAAGAUCGAAGGCAAAAGAAGUUAAAAGGUUAUGAAGAUUCUAAUAUUAUAAAUCAAAAACUAGAUUAUUACAAAUCAAAGUACAAAAUGGAACAAAUGGAGAAAACUGAUAAGCCUAAAGAGACUUCGCCAUCAGAAAAAAAAUUCAUAACCGACACGUUACAAAAGGAACAAACAGAUGCCGCUAUCCACGAAUCCUUUGCACAAAAAGCGACUUGUCCCUUAGAAUCCGUAGAUGCUAGUUAUCCCAGUAAAGUAAGCAUCGGUCAAUUGGAAGCGGAUCUGUCGCCCGAUCUCGAGAGGCAAACAUAUUCAGAGAAACGUAAAUUUUGGGAGGAUAUCUCGAGGAAGCGCGAAAGCUAUCAGCGUUCUGAAUCCGAGGUUUCAAGAGCUUCCCAAUUAACUAUCAACGAGAGUGACAGCGAAUCGUGUUUGCCGAAUAUUGUGUCUGAAGAGGGUGAUGGAACCACGGAGGGAAUCUCGGAAGUCCUAAGGUCGGAGACCAUCGAAGAUAUCAAUGUGCCUGACAUCUCGGAAUGCUCGGUGGCGGAAAAGGCACACUAUUUUGAAGAACAGAUACAGAAAGAAAUGGGAAUAGGAACAACGAGGUUGCAGGACUCCGUCAAAUCAGAAAAAGAUAAGUCUUUCUUUAAAGGCAAAUCAAUCGAUGAGCAGAAAAAUCGUGUUGAGAAAAGUGUUUUAGAAACGACGAAGGACAUUGAUAUCGAGGAGAAGCAUCUGGUGGAAGCGAGAGAGAUAGAGAAAAUUUUGAAAACUAGCACGGAAGACGUCAAAUGGAUGAAGGAAACACAAAAAGAGACAAAAGAUACCGAUAAGAAAAAGAAGGAUACAGACGAGGAUAAAGGUAUGCGUAAAGAGAUUCAGAAAAUAAUAGCUCAACCGGUGAUGGAGAUUUGCAAGGAGUUAUUGAAUAAGGAAAGAGAACUCGCUGAAGAAAUUGGGACAAAGAACAAAAUAGAAAAAAAUAUAAAACAAGAAAGUAAGAAAGAAGUUAAAGAAGAGAUUACAAAGCCAGAAGAGAUAAUGAAGCAAAAAAAAUCCGAUGUAUCGAUGGAUGUUCAAGAAAUUGUAGAAGAAUCAAGACCGGAGACACCGCAAAAAUCGGGAAGGAAAAUAAUAACGGAAGAAACAACAAUUAUUUACAAAGUACAAAAAGACGGAACUUUAGUGCAAGAACAGGUUCUUAAAUCGGUGCAAAUUGAAGGAACGGACGGCGAAUCAGUAACGCAGAUUCCAGAAGUUAGUGAAGAAACAAAGAUAUUUGAAAAGCAUUUAGCAGACACUGCAUACGAAGUACCAACUACAGGUGACAUUGAAAAAACAGAUAUUAAGACUGAAUUGGUUCCAUCAGACGUUAAAAAGGAAAUUAAGCAAUUCUUCGAAGUAAAAGCAGAAAUGGAAGAAAAGAAAAAGACCGAAAAUGGAGAAGGCAUAAAGUUUGAAUACGACACAAGUCUUGACAAGGAAAAGAAAUCCACCGUUUUCACAGAUGGCAAAGAAAUAAAGAAGGAGUUUGAAUCUCGUAUUCCAAUUUCUACAGCAAUGGCCGAAAAGGAUAAGAACCAAAAAGAGACAAAAACUAAAGUGACACCAGAGAAACCAGAGGAGAAAUUGUCAAGAAGUCCGAUCAUGGAAAAGGACGCCGCUUCACCGUCUAGCAAGAAAAAGGAAUUCGAAUCUCGGAUACCUAAACGCAUCACAGAAGGAAUGACGAAGGAGAAAGAUGCGAGGAGAGAUCUGCUAGGGCAAAAAGAUGGUGAAACUAUCACAGUCACCGAGAAAAAAUCCAGUGAGGAGGUUACUUCGCGACAUGAGGAACGCUCGACCACAAAAAGCAAGAUGCAAACGUUCUCUAAGACUUUUACUGAUGUACAGGACGCGUUCAAGAUAUUCGAGGAUAUAAGUGCUAAAAAAGAUAAAAAUUUUGCUACGGUCACAUCAAAGGUCGACACCAAGGCUACCAGUAAAAUAGAGAAAAAAGAAGUGCUCUCGUCGGAGAUUUCUAGCGGCGCGGAUAGAUUUAUAACUCAGGAGGAGAAGGAGAAAGUGGAAAGAAAGAAAUCAUCGGAGUCUAAAUUCACUAAAGAGUCAUCGGUUGAGACUGUAAAGGAGAAGAAAAGCAAAAGUGAAGAGGUGGAUAAAACUACCACGCAGAAGAUGUCAAUGAAUAUGACAGAAGGCAAAGAAGUGAUAGAUGCUAGUGCUGCCGAGUCCCUAGUAGAGAGCAAAAAGAAAGAGUUGUUCAAACUGCUGGAGGAUGAGAAGGGAAUCGCGACAGAGAAAUCUGGAACUAGUAGGAUCAGAGAAAGUGACGUUGAUGUGGCGAUUAAGAUCAAGAAAGAUGACACAAAAAAAGUGAAAGAUAUUAAGAAAUCGCCUAAAACGGCUAAAGAAACAGAACUGGGAAAGGUUGAAAUGAUUGCGCAAGGACAAUCUUACAAAGAUAAUUCGGAUAGUUUUAAGAUUGAACAAUUUAUACCUAGCGAGAAAGCACAUGAUAAGUCUGAUUCGGCUGAAAAGUCUGAAAAAGAUGAACAACUUCCGAGCAGCAAAGCUCCGGGAUCUCUCGAAAGGAGAGAACAAUUGGUCGCCAAAGAACUCGAAGCGCGAAAUAUAGCGGAGGAUCUGAUACAAUCAAUUGAAAGCGAGAUUGAGAGGAGAUCAUCGACGUCUGGAUUGAAAUCUCAGAUGCUAACCAAAGAAUAUUUAGAUCAAUUACUCUCCGAAAAUGUUGAUACUGACCAUGAGAAACUGGCGGACGAUCUAACAAAACAAUUCGAAAGCAUAAUGAAGAAAUCCUUGGAUGAGGAACUAAGAGAGAGCAAGGAUCAUUCGAUUGCGGCAGCAGCGCUAUCAAAAACAUCUAUUCAAGAAGAAAUAUUUGAGAGAGGAUCUACUAGAGAUAGUAUAAGCAUUAGUGAGGAUAUAACGAAAGACGAAGAAUCGUCGCUACAUGAUCGAGAAGACAGUUUACCAUCUUCGCACGCUAAACUUCAGGAUAGAGACAUUACCAUGAGUCCCAGUAGCAUAUCCGAGCAGAUUGAUCUUGAAGAAACAAUAGACGUAGACACUGGAGAAUUGGAGGAUUUAUCGAAGCCUACGUCCAGUCCGCAUUCCGAAAAAUUCCGAUCAGACAGAUCAAGUGGGCCAAUCGAGCUACUUCAAAAGGAUGUAUUCAGUGAUACCAGUUUCUCGAAAGAUAAGAUAGUGUCAGAGAUCUCAGGUGCUAGAGUACUGGAAAUUCUGGAACCAGACGUAGACAGUCGACAGGAUUCAGUCGACGUGCCAUCUUUAGAGCUUGACGAGCACAAAGUUUCGGAGCAAACCAGUAAGGACGCGCCAUCCUUGCAUGAGAGCGCGGCCGUAGACUCCUUAGAAAAGAUUGUCCAAGAGAAGGACUUGACUGUUACUUCGAGUAUAGUAUCCGAGGACAUGGAUUACUCUUCGAAGCGUGUUUCAUCUCCGAAAGAGUACGAUACAGAGGACAGACAAAAAACAGACAGUUUCGAGAUCGAGAGUCCGCCAUUGAUCUCGCCGAAAACAAAAUAUGUAAGCAAUCUGGAGAUCAAACCAGUGAAUUGGAUGAUCGGCGACGAGAAGAUCGAGAUAUCGGAAACACUGGAGCCUUCUCAAGUAUUUAAUCAAGAACUGGAAGAAUAUGAGUCAUCCAUACGACAUGCCCGUACUUCAUCGCAGGACGAAUCUAUGGACCAGGAGUCUGUCACCAAAUCUUCGGAGGAGAUUAGUGUGAUCGAAUCAGUUAAGGAAUCUGUCACCAGUAGCGACAUCAACGUAACUAUCACGGCCACCACGGCAAAGACCACAAAAUUUACUGUAGUCCCAGUGACUGAAUCAGAUUUCGAUAGUGAAAUGAUAGAAGAUAAGCUGGAUGUUACUUGUCAAGAGUUGGUCGAUACCCUGCAACGGGAACAUGAUGCUAAGACGCCGACGGACGAAUAUACAGCCAAGAUACGUCAGUCUAUGCCUCUCGAGGAUUUCGACCUAGAAACGAGUAUUACUGAAGCUGUCACGGAAGUAAUACCCACAGAAGAGGAGGAAGCAAGAGACUUAACUGAGGCUAUAUCUGCAAAAAUUAAUAAAGUUAAAGAACCUGAUGUUCAAACAGCGGACAAAGAAGUUUCUGAACGAGACAUUUCUGUACAAAUAAAAACUGUCGAAUCGGCCAGCAAAGUGUCUACAAAGAAAGAAGGAGAUUUUGCACAAUAUAUCACAGCUGAGAAAACACAGAAACAGCAAGUGAUUGAACCUACAGAUCAAGGGACACAAAAAUCCAAAAUUACAAAAGAGAUAAAGGAAACUGUAGACACUUCUGCAAAAGAUCCCGUAAAAGAAGAAUUCGAACCACCGAAAUGUGCGAGAGUUGACGACGUGUUGAAGGAGUGGACAGAGACUUAUCUGACGAAGAUCAAACCACCUAGCGAAGACUACAAACGACACAUGGAAAAAACCAUCGAGAAGCACGACAAAUCCAGCAAAUCCACUUCUUCUGAAACUUGUGCCUUCAAAAUAAAAAAGGACGAUCUCCAGGGCGUCGAUCUGAGUGCGCGGUAUGCGAUAACAGUGCUGGAUCAAGUAGUAAAAAAAGAGAUUGCCGAAGUAAAAGAAUCCUUAGAAGCUGCCAAACAAGAUUUAAUAGAAGAGCUGAGCGAGAAUAGCCAGAACGUGAUUCAGAUCAAAGAUUCGCCCUCGGAGUUCCAGUUCAUGCUCCAGCCGGAAUCCAUCCCAAAUGAUUUACCAUUUUUAUACAGACCACCGUCCAUUGAACAUGUUUCUGCGGAGGCUGAACCGGAAGUUGAUACUGAAAUUACUACGCAGAGCGAAUUGUCGAUGGCAAAAACUCAAGAACUCGAAAAAGCAAAACACGAAGUGGAGAAAAAGACUGUCGACGAUCAAUUGGUUGGUCAAAUAGUUGAUAUUGUCGAAAAUGAACCAGUUGUUGCAGUUAAAGCACCUGAAAUUGAUAUCGAGAAACACGAAGAUGAAGAAACCAUAACGGAUCUUCAAGACGAUCAACGGGAAGAUGAAGACGAAGGUCGUCCUAGUCCGCUUCCUAUUAGCAGGUCAUCAGACAUCGGUUCAGAUAUCGACAGUUACUCUUUGGCACCACCUCAGCCGGCACCCAGGAGACGUCACAAACCGACUAGGAUAUCGAAGAAAAGCCAGGUGUCAAAGACUUCAGAAAGCGAGGCAGAUCUCGGUUCAAGUUCCGGUGAGAGCAGCAACUACCAGUCUUGCGAUUAUGAGAGCAGCAGUAGACCCAGUUCAUCUGAUGUUGAAGCAAUGCAGUCCGCCGCGGGUGGUGUGCAAUCUGGAACUAUUUCAGAAUACGAGACAGCAAUGAUGUCAAUUGAGCAUGAGGGGUCGAAGACAUUGCCGACGUCACAGGAGUAUCAGACUGCGGCAAGCACGUUGAGCUCUCGCGAAUCCAUGAAAUCUCUAAAUUCUCUCAGCUCGGGCCACCUCGGCAGCAUCGAUAGUACCAGCGAGCUGUCGGAGACGCUGGUGCCGUCAGAAGAAGCGGACGAGGAUAAGGACGACAUAGACGAAAAUUUAGAGAGCGCGUUGGACGCAGAUCAGGAACUGGCUGAAGCAUCGGACUCUUCUGGCAGUGAGGAGAUACCGCUGGAUGAAACUAUGGACAAGAUCGACAGUCAUAUACCAUGUCGUAUGAAGCGCUCGUCUGAAAUGAUUUUCCAACAGAUCAUGGAUGACAGUGUAGAAACUGAGAUGUUAGAGAAAAGUCAAGCUAGAGUUGCGGACUCGGCCACUUCUGCCUUCAUGGACACGCCCGGAGCCAUUCAAUCGGUCGACAUAAUGACGUCGCGAGUGUCCGAGGACGGGAUUCAAAGUGUAUGUACGCAAGUAAUCUCGACGCGAGUUACCAGGCCUAGCGAUAGUGAAAAAUCUGAGGAGGAAGAAGCGGAAGUGGAUAAGGACACGAAAAAGGACACGGAGACGACAGGUGUGGAAAGUCUAGAACAGAAAUCGGGUUUUGAGAUCACCGGAGACGAAGGUCUCGAAUCGACGUUGCAAGCGACAUCCGUCCAUUCAAUGCUACAGCAGGCCAGCAUGUCUCUGUCUUCAGCAUCGGGAAUGUCCUUUGACACAGUCGUGGAGAAGGACAUAGAAAAGGACAUAGAAAAGGACAUAGAAAAGGACAUAGAAAAGGACAAGUCCGAGAAUGACAGUGAUUCCUUCGAGUUCGUGGACAAGCCUGAUAUUAUCGACGACUUUGUGGUGAUCGAGGAAGUCGGACGGGAGGCAGAGGAGUUUGAUUCCGAGGGUAAGAGUAUUCGUAUUAGCUCAGCACCACAGGUCAGCAGCAAGCAGUACGACCGCGAUCUGGAGAACAUGAUAACGGAGAAGAAAAAGGAGGACUCGCAGGUGUCGACGAGUCAACCGUUGCGGAACGAUUUGUUCGAUUUCGAGUCCGAGGAGAGUCCACCCCAGGCGUCGAAUGACGAUCAAUCACAAUCUUAUUCCGACGAAGAGCAGUACGAGGGUAAGAAGUGGAUAGAGAUGCAAUUUCAGGCAGACGCGCGGGCUUAUGACAUCGAGUACGACCGCGGACCGCUAGAAGACAUCAAGGAAGAAGAGAUUACGGACUUCGAGGCCGGUAGUAGCCGCUUUGGCAGCUUGGGCAGCCACAAAGAGUCCAUUGGCAGCGUGGGAAGUAUGCGCGGUAGCUUCGGCAGCACACCAGACUACGACGUUUUAGGAAAGAAGUACUUCACCAAGCCUACGGAUCACGACAACGUGUCGUUAACGUCGUUGCAGGAAUUCGAACAUCUGGAAAGCUCCGUAGCGGCUGAGAACUCGCGGAAGGCUCAAAGCGGCUCGCAAGAUUCCAGCAGCAACAACGGCAGUCUUCCGAGAAGAUACAUGACGAGUCGCUCUGGUCACGGCGACGACAUUUCGUUAUCCUCGCUUAAAGAUUUUGAGGGCUUGGAGAAAGCUUGUCGAGAGGCACAUCUGAUGGAGCUGCGGGCACGCGAAGAGGAAGAAUUGCUGGAGCACGAGAGUCCGGAGAACAAGUUCAAAAUGGAGAAUCUAUCGCGCUCAAGAACGGAGACUAGCGCGGCUGGUUCAGUCAACCCUAGUACCUCCGGAUCAGACGACUAUGAGAAGAGAAUAAAAGAAAUUGACGAGAUAAUACGCAUUGCACAGUCCAAUGUAGAAAAGCUUGAUCGGCAAGACGACACCACGGAGGACAUAUCGCAAAUCGAGGCCAUCGAUGUUGAGAAAAUUGCUGCUCAGCCGGUUUCGGAGACGCUUCCAGAAGAGAGUGAAGAACCCGACAAUGUUCAAGCAGCACAAAAGGAAAGCAAUAUUAUGGAGACCAGUACAGAUUCCUUGGAACUGGAAGACAAUGCGGAGACAAAGUAUCAUCCGUUAUGCCGAAGCUCCGACUCUCUAGAGAUGAAGACGACCUUGGACUUUCCGUCACUGAGUUCGGACUCGUUAAAUAACGUGAAAGAUACAAAAGAAAUGACGCCGGACACCGGUGGACAAUACAGUGGCAACGCGAGACGAAUUUCUUCCGAUUCUCUCGAGAUGCCUUUAAUGGAGCAACACGAGAGAAGUAGUGGUCAUCAUAUAGAAGAACGAGCAGCGGUUGACAGCUCUGUUGGACAAACAUCUUUAACAGACACUAGCGCAAAAAAUGGCAAAACCAAAACGUCAUCAGGCAGCGAUACAUAGGAAAAUUUUUAAUAGAUAGCGGACCAUCAAGAAGGGCUUUGCUACGAUUUCAUAAUUAUAUUACCGAAUAACUCAAGAAGCUUUACAUGUAAAACACGAUAUUAAAUAUAAUGUACUAAAAAACUUGUGGAUAUACAAAAUAAUAUUACAUUUGUCCUUGUUUUAUGCGAUGUCUUCUGAAAGCAUUUAUAUUAUGCUUAAAUAAAAUAGUUGCUAUUCUUUAAAAUAUAAUAUUGUUGCGCGGGAUAAGAAAGUCGGUGAUGCUUGCUUGUUUAUCAUUAUUAAAGUUGGACAGACAUAUUUGUUGUAA